AUGUCCUCAGAUUCGAAGCCAAACAUAUUUACUUACGCCGACUUUGACCUUCAAGCUUUGUGUUAUAAAGCGAGCACACUACGGCAGGGUGUUUCAUGUGUCUGUAGGCCCGAUCAACGACCUUGCUCGGGAAGUUUCAACUGGGCUAUCUUCAUUUCAUUUGAAGAUGGGAUACGAUGGGUCUUCAGAUCCCCACACCCCAGACCAUUCAUGUCAAUGGAAAUGGGCAUGAAGCUACUGGCUAGUGAAGCUGCUACACUCCGAUACCUCAGAGCUCACAGCGACGUGCCGGUCCCAGAAGUAUACGAUUAUUGUGCAUCAUCCGAGAAUGAUAUCGGGAUACCAUUUAUUAUUAUGAGUGAAGCGCCAGGGCGGCCAUUGUCAAAAUUUUGGAGGCCAGCUGGUUCUCCUCAACCCGACCUAGACACCCUCAACAAAGCUCGAGUUCUUACCCAGUUAGGCGCUAUUACUUGGAAGCUUUCUCAAUUACGGUUUAAUACAAUUGGCUCACUCUUUGAAGACGAUGUGUCCUUUGAAAUCAAGGAAUGCCUCUCACGCGGCCACAUAUUACAUGGACGAUAUCAGUUGGAGACUCAGCGUGGGCCUUUUACUUCUGAGACAGAUUUCUAUAACAGCCUUGUCUCCGCUUUCUCGGAGCAUGCCGAGAUUCUACAGUUAUCGCAUCAUUGUUUUGUGGCGCCUGUCCCCUCGCCGGAAGACUAUCAAUCCAUCAUGCAAUACCGGAGUGCCGUGGACCUAUGGAGCGACUUUGUGACUGUUGGGCGCAAAGCCGAUUCGUCAGAAAACCGACUUGAUUAUAUCAUUGCAGGCGACGCUCUCCGCGACAUUGUACCCAAAAUUGAACUUCCAGCCGUCAGCCCGAAGACGUUCCCGUUAUACCACGCUGAUUUGAGCGUCAGUAAUAUAUAUGUCGAUGAAGAUUAUAACAUUACGUGUAUCAUCGACUGGGCGUUUGCUUCGUCUAUACCUGAAUCUAUACUGCUCGCCGCGCCAGGGUUGCCGCAAUACCGCGACGAAAUUAGUCCAGAGUUAGUUGUACCCUUCAUAGACGGUUUUAUUGCUGCUAUACCGGGGUCGAUCGAAAAGAGUUUAGUCCACAAAUAUCGCGAAUCACUUGAGCGGGCCCAAGUCUCUUGGAGACUGAGUCGGCUCUUGAGCCUUGACUCUAUAGGUGACUAUAACCUUUUUACUACUAUAUGGCACAUUGCUCGUGGUCCUGAGGUGGAUAUAGGGCAAUACUUCUUACAACAGCGGCGCUCCCCUCGCUAUAUCCAGCUGUAUAAUGAAGUCCGAGAAGAGGAUCAGCCGCUCUCGAAAAUUGAAAAGGACGAAAAAGAAUAUUUUCAAAACAAGGUCUUCAUGAAUACAAUAGCUAAGAAGCUUACGCUCGUGUCCGAAUGGAAAACAAAAUAUACUGCCAACAACCCGCCAAAGCUUCGGAGAGAUAUGUUUGUCGCUUCUCCAAACCUGUGGAAGUGGAUCCAACGAUUUAUACAGGACUGGGAAGAUAUGUUUGAUAUGUCCACCAAAGAAUCAGGAUUUUAA